GUGUAUCUGUGUGUGUGUACUUUGUGUGUGUGCGUCCUCAGGUGGUACCAGGGACAUCGGUUCUGCUCUCACCAGAAUGUGUAUGCGCCAUCGCAGCAUCGAGGCCAAACUGCGACACUUCUCCAUGGUGUUUCAGGACUGCCUGAUCAGCCCUCUGCAGGAGCAGAUGGAGGAGUGGAAGCGGGUGUCCAGCGCUCUGGACAAAGACCACGCCAAAGAAUAUAAAAAAGCUCGUCAGGACAUUAAGAAGCGUUCCUCAGAUACGCUGAAGCUGCAGAAAAAGGCAAAGAAAGCUGAUAUGUUCGGCCGUGGUGACCUCCAGCCCCAGCUGGACAGCGCCAUGCAGGACGUCAGUGACAAAUACCUGCUGUUGGAGGAGACAGAGAAGGUGGCGGUGAGAAAGGCACUGGUGGAGGAGAGGAGUCGCUUCUGCUGCUUCGUGUCCAUGAUGAAGCCGGUGGUGGAGGAGGAGAUGACCCUUCUGGGGGAGAUCACCCACCUGCAGACCCUGACCGAGGACCUGAAGACCCUGACCAUGGACCCCCAUAAGCUGCCCCCCUCCAGUGAACAGGUGAUCGUGGACCUCAAGGGUUCCGACUGCGCCUGGUCCUACCAAACCCCGCCCUCCUCCCCCAGCACCACCGUAUCCAGGAAGUCCAGCAUGUGCAGCAGUCUGAACAGCGUGAACAGCAGCGACUCCCGCUCCAGCGGCUCCCACUGCCACUCCCCUGGCUCCUCCCACUUCAGGUACUGCGCCUCCUCCUCCUCCUCCUCCUCGGCUCCUCCUCAGCACACGCCCCCUCGCCUCUCCUCCGUCUCCUCCCACGACUCGGGUUUCACCUCCCAGGACGCCUUCCAGUCCAAGUCCCCGUCACCCAUGCCCCCAGAGGUUCUGCAGGAGGACCAGGACCCCCACGAGGACCUGGUCCGAGCCCUGACCCGGGGCCUCCAGCUGGACCUUCACGGGUCCAGCAGGGACUCGGUCCAGGGCUCCAGUGGAUACAACAGCCAGACCAACACCCCCUGCUGUUCAGAGGACGCCAUUACAGCCCAGGUGUCAGACUGUGAUUACUUCUCCGUGGGAUCUGAACAGGACAGUGAUCACCAUCUUCAUCAUCAUCAUCAUCUUCAUCAUCAGUUUUCGUCAGACUAUGACAAAUCGUCCACGACGCCGCGGAACAGUGACAUCACCCAGUCGUACCGCCGUAUGUUCCCGUCCAAACGCCCCACGCCUGCCGCCGGCCCGCCAUCCAACUCGUCGGCCGCCGUCACUCCUGGAGUCGCCACCAUCCGACGGACUCCGUCGUCCAAACCCCACCUGCGGCGUCCGUCCGGGGGCGUCGGCCUGGGCCCCAUCCCCAUUAAACCCCCCAUGAUCCCGGUCAAGACCCCCACGGUGCCUGAGCUCCUCGGUGGUGGAGGGGGUGGGGCCGGGGGCGGCGGCUUCCCCGGCAGGGCGGCGUCAGAGGACUGCGCCGCACCGCGAUCCCCGCUUAGCCUGAUGACCGUGCCUCUGUCGCCACUGAGCGGGUCCUGGGAGGGCCAGCAGGGCGAGGGUCCGGACCCGCCCACACCGCCGCCGCCGCAGCCCAGUGGGCGGGCAUCGGAGCGGGAGCGCAGGCCCCUCCCCGAGCUCCUGGAGGAGGUGGAGUACGGAGAGGCCGAGGACUAUCUGGUGACCAUCCGACGAGGCGUCAAACUGAAGAAGACGGCGACCGACGACCGCUCGGCACCGAGUAUCCACUGAAACAGGAAGUCAGAAAAGGUGGAGGGGGAGGGGUCAAACGGCAGCCAAUCAGAAAAGAAGGAAAUAUGAC